AUGCAUCGCCGGAGGAGUAUGGAGAAGUCCAGGAAAGUGACGCCGCCGUCACCGACUUACAUGAGCAACGACCAAUUUGCUGCUUAUUUAGCCAACCUCAGAACAAACCGUGUGGCUCGCCCUGGCGGCGCGAGACCUCAACCGCCUCCAUCGAGUACAAAGUCUAAACGACCGUCCUAUGAUCAGCAAAGUACCUCCGAAUCCCUGGCUCGAUCCGAAAGCCCGACGACCCUGAGUUCAAACUCUGCCGUCAAUCCUGCACGACCGAAUCCUCUUUCCUCCAACACUGUCAACGCCAGCUCCUCUUCUCGCUACUCCAUGUCGAGUGCCUCAGGACGUGACUAUUACCCUCCUCGCUCUACAGCACCCUUGAAGCCUUCAGAAGUUGUGCCCACUGCUACCUACAUCGAGCGAGGGCAGAGGUGGAUGGAGAAGGAAGAAGCUGUCUCACUUCGCCAAGCUAUGGAUGACAUGCGUAUCAAUAUUGAUAAAGACUCCGUCUCUCAAGAUUACUCCGUUAUACCCACGAAUGAGUCUGCCAACCCUCAAGACGAAGAUACCCGCAUAUACAAUGCUGCUCUUAACGAAGCCUCCGAACUUGUUUGGCAGCACCAAAAUGGAGUGGUCCCAGAUCCUCAUGCACCAUACCGAUACAGACCUCAUUUGAGGAAAAAUAGCUAUGCUCAUGCGCGCACAGCAAGCGUAGGUAAAUAUGGAGAAGAAAUCAGGCCUUCGGGUCUCGCACGAGACACGCCGCGGUCGUUUUCUGGCAGUUCCACUGAUGGCGAGGCACAAUCGCGCAUGAGCCGCCCAUCAUUGGCUUUGUCGCAGGACAGUUUUGGCAAAGAAGAAAAUAGCCUCGAAUGCCCUUCUUUGGACUCUGCAAUGUCGGGCCCCUCCAGCACCAUGGGGUCCAACUCUGGCGUCACAUCCUCUGGUCGCCGGCGUAGCAGCAUGAAGCGCAACAUCAGUGGGGAGGUCCAGAAGCCAUUCUCUGGUGACCAAAUUUGGGAAGAGCCAGAGGGGGCGACUCGUGGAAAGGCUGCCAUGACGAAGUUGGAGACAAUGCCUGAUCUUCCCCUAGUUGAUAAGCCGAAGAACCCCCAAAAUCAAGUCCGCUUCGCUACUGGGCCACCCGCAGACCGGGUGGCGCCUUGGAAACCCAGAUCCAAGGUCGAAAUUCAUCGCAAUCCUCCGUCACAAUCGCGCAAUCCCCAGUACACGACAAAUGUCCCUGUUACGAAGACCACGACCAACGAAACAGUACAGAAGAAAAACGGGAUGGAGAUUCGGAGCGAUGAUAUCAGGGGGGCUACAAGUAUGAAGCUGAAAGACCGCAGCCCGAAGUUGCCCACGCCUACGGCCGUCAGUGAUCGACCUGGUCGGCCGAUUGUAAGCUUCGACUCGAACUGGAAAGCUCCGGACGAGAAAACUGAUUCUAGGCCAGGAUCGGCUUUCAGUAACCCCAGCCCAGGAACCCCGAACCAAAAGAAGCAGCCGAUGGAGAUUCCUACUAUUGUGGUGGCACCGGAGGAUCCCCCGGCGGACGAGACUCGCCGGGUCUCACCCAUGCCGUCGAUAAUGAUCGCAGAUGCGGAUGAAGCACAUGGAAACAAUCCAAGCAUACCUGUCAUAGCCACACCUGAUGAUACUACUUCAGGGUCUACGCGACGGCCUCUUCCCGACCCGAAAACAGCAUCCUCCCGGAGCCGACUACAUCAGCGUCCAGAACGACAUUGGUCACCAGCCCCUGGGGCUAGCUAUAGGUCUACAACACUUUGUCAUGAGUGCGGAUUCCCUAUCGAAGGCAGAUUCGUUUCUCUAGCCGGACUGUCUGAGCGCUUCCAUCCACAGUGCUUCAGCUGCUUUGCUUGUGGCACCGGCCUUGAGGCUUUGGAAAUCAGUCCUGAGCCAGAAGCUCAUCGCCAGAGUCGCCUAGAUAGAAUUAGGCGUCGAGCGAACGCAGAGAGGUUGGAGGAGAGAUUUGGUGAAACCAUGGCUGAGGACGGUGACGAGCGGUUACGAUUCUACUGUCACCUUGAUUGGCAUGAGCUCUUUGCACCAAGAUGCAAACACUGCAAGACCCCUAUCAUCGGCGAACACAUUGUCGCCCUUGGUGAGCAUUGGCAUUAUGGCCACUUUUUCUGCGCUGAGUGUGGCGAUCCCUUCGAGAAAAGCAUGACACAUAUUGAAAAGGAUGGCUACGCCUGGUGCAUAAAGUGCCAAACAAAACGAACUGAGCGAAGGGCACCCAAAUGCAAAAAGUGCAGAUGUGCUGUUAUUGGGCAGUACAUCAGAGCAUUAGGAGGUGAAUGGCAUGAAGAGUGCUUCCGUUGUGCUUCAUGCAAGGGAGGAUUUGAUGAUGGCCAGAUUUUUCCAAAGGAAGAUGGAGACAAAACGGUCGUGCUCUGCACGCGCUGCCGCAUAAUAGAACUCAAGGCAUAA